AUGCCUUUCACAGCUUCCGACAUCUGCAAGAUCAUCUUCGCCUUCAUCCUGCCUCCUCUGGGUGUCUUCCUGGAGCGCGGAUGCGGCGCCGACUUGCUGAUCAACAUCUGCCUGACCAUCCUGGGUUGGAUCCCCGGUAUCAUCCACGCGCUGUACGUCAUCCACCUCCCCCGGCCGUCUUUUGAUUCUCAGCAACCACCCCUGCUAACGAUGCGUAGGUACAUCAUCCUUAAAUACUAG